AUGCAUUCAUCUAUUCUCGUCGUCGCCUUGGCGGCUCUUGUUGCCGCGAAGACGGACAUUGGCGGUUGCACAUCCUCCCUGACGAAGAAUGAGUACAACCAGGCCAGUGUGCUCUGGUACGUUCCAGAGACCGGAGAGAUCUGCGAGAUUCUCGACUGCGGCGGUGGCAGAGCGCCACCAAAGACAACUGUCCCUGGUUGCGGUGCAUACUCAGGAACCGCGACGUACUCUCCCAAAUUCCUCGCGGGAUUCAACGGAGCAUCGUCUACACAGGCCGCUCCAUCUUCCCAGGCUCCAGCAGCAACCACUUCCGCUGGUGACUCCACCCCCUCACCUUCCUCUAAGGACGCCGAGACCCCAAAGAUCACCACAGCCCCAACCACGUCCGGAGCCGCAGGCGCAGGAACCUCGACACUCGUCACCAGCACCGCUCCUCCAGCACAGGGCUCCGGCUCCCCAGUCGUAGGAGGCAAGAACGAGACCUCCCCCACUGUCCCAGGCGGAACCGCGCCAAACUCAACCACCAGCGGCAACCCAUCGAACAUUCCCAACGCAGCUGCAGGAACCUUCGUUCCUGGCGCACUUGCAGCAAUCGCCGCGGCAUUCGCUUUCGUCCUAUAA